AUGACUCAGGUGCUGUUGGACAGCGACGGGCUGCCUCGCUUGGCAGCAGGGUCGCUGUCUGGCUCUGCAGGAGCAGCAGCAGGAGCAGCAGCAGGAGCAGCAGCAGCCCUCGGGGGUUCUUUCGGGCCUGCAGCAGCCUUAGGGGGAGCCGAGGCCAGCGCGGGCGUGAAGACGGGGACAACAAUCGUAGCUUGCUGCUAUGCUGGAGGCGUCGUUCUGGGUGCAGACUCACGUACUUCAGCAGGGCCUUAUGUUGUUAAUAGAGCAGCGCGAAAGAUAACGCGUCUGGGGGAGCGGAUUUGCGUAUGCCGCAGCGGGAGUGCAGCAGAUACACAAGCACUGGCGCAGGUAGCACGGCUGCAGCUGCAGCUGUACUCACAGGAGCUGCCUAGACACUUCAAAGGUGCUGCUCGUGUGCGUGUUGCUGCUCAUCUGCUGCAGCAGCUGUCUUACGAAUAUAAAGACGUACUUACAGCGGGCCUUAUAGUGGCUGGGUGGGACCCUGUAGAGGGGCCCCAGGCCUUCUCUAUCCCCAUAGGCGGCAGCUGCAUCCCUGUACAGUACACCGCAGGCGGCUCUGGGUCUGUCUUUAUUACUGCUUUUCUAGAUGAACAUUUUAGGCCUAAUAUGAGUAAAGAAGAAGCCACACAACUCGUAGCAAAGGCUGUUGCGCAUGCAAUCAGAAGAGACGGCAGCUCUGGCGGACUCAUCCGCAUCGUUACUAUUGAAAAAGACGCCAUGGAUGAAAUAUGCAUUAAAGGAGAUGAUCUCCCUGGUGGCGCUUAA